AUGUCGCCAUAUUUCCAAGAUAUGUUGGAUGGUGUUGCUGGUAUUGGACCUGGUUACAAGGGGCCUUCUUAUGAUAAGUUAAGGGUUCAUUUGUUGGCUGAUCUUAAAAGAGAAAGUCAAAUGCUAGUUGAUAGUUAUAAGAGUGCAUGGAAGGAAACUGGAUGUACCCUCAUGGCUGAUGGUUGGACAGAUCAAAAACAAAGAACGUUAAUCAAUUUCUUGGUGUAUUGUUCUAAAGGUUUGUGCUUCAUGAAAUCAGUAGAUGCUUCUAGUAUGGUAAAAAAUGCUUCACACUUGUGUAAUUUAUUUUCUGAGGUGAUUGAAUGGAUUGACCCUAAUGAUAUUGUGCAUGUUGUGACUGACAAUGCGGCCAAUUAUGUUGCUGCUGGUAGGCUUAUCAAUAGAAAAUAUGAUAAUAUCUAUUGGUCACCAUGUGUUGCUCAUUGCCUUAAUCUUAUUUUAAAAGAUAUAAGCAGCAUGGCGCAUAUUUCUAACCUUGCACCACGUGCUUCAAAUAUCACAGUAUUUGUGUACAAUCAUACGAGUAUCUUUGACCAUAAAAAAGAGUUGCAAGCAUUGGUUGUAGAUUCAAUUUUCACUUAUCACAAAUUAGGAAGGAGUGCUACUGGUAGAGCUGUGAGUGCUAUUAUUCUGGAUUGCAAAUUUUGGGACGAUUGCUUUACUGUAUGUAAACUUGUGGGCCCUCUGAUUUACUUGCUGAGGGUUGUUGAUGCUGAUGACAAAUCAUCUUUGGGAUAUGUUUAUGAAGGAAUGCUAAGGGCAGAAGAUGCAUUUAAGGAGAUGUUUAGGCAAUCCAAGACUGCAUAUCAGCCGUACACAGAUAUGAUCAACUCAAGAUGGGACAAGCAUUUGAAGAAAGAUCUUCAUGCGGCAGCUUACUUCCUGAAUCCUAAAUUCGUUUUUAAUGAAAAUUAUAAAGAAGCACCUGAUGUUAUGCGAGGUUUGCUUGAUCUUGUUACCUUGUAUUGCAAGUGUAACAAUUUGGAUUCAGUACAGGCAAUGAAAGAAAUACAUUUAUAUAGAGAUCGAAAAAAAAGUUUUGAUAGACAAGAAGCUAUUCGAGCUGCAUCUGAACUUAAGCCUGAUGAAUGGUGGAGAUUAUUCGGAGGCUCUGCUUCAUAUUUACAAAAGAUAGAUAUUCAUACAAAAAGAAGAAAUAGAUUGGAGCAUGAUAGACUGAAUGACAUUGUCUAUGUUACCUAUAAUUUUCGUCUUAAAUCCAGCAUCACUCAAGUUGACUUUUGGGUGACUGAAGAGGUUGUAGAGAAAGAGUCUGAUCUUCCUAGUAAUGUGGAUGACUUAUUGCAUGAAAUUGAUACUGAUUUAUAUCAAAGUGGUGGUGGUAGUAAUGGUCUUUAUGCUGCAUCUCUUGAUUCUUAUGCUCAACAGGGUGGGAAUGAAGGUGAAGAUCAUCCCACCGCAGCAGAUUUGCAACAAGUUCUUGCGGAUUUUGAUGAUUGA